AUGAUGCCCAUGGUGGCCGCCUCGUCUGGAGAUCGCCUCCCGGCCUUCCAAUCUUGCCUCUCACAAUGUGUGUCAAAUCGGUGUACUCCCGACUCACCUCCCCUAGACGCGAUGCUACGACUCUUUCGAUGGUCAUGCCGAGGCGAUUGCGCGUAUCACUGCACGCAUUCGGUCACCUCGGGACUCUUGCUUCUCGCCUCCUCUUCUGCAUCAUCCCCGUCAGCACGUCCUGUCGUCCACCAAUUCUACGGCAAAUGGCCGUUCUGGCGAUUGGCCGGGAUCCAGGAGCCCGCCAGCGUCUUGUUCUCCCUCGGCAACGCAUGGGUUCACUAUAAGGGACUACGAAAGGUCCGGACGAGGAUAAAAAAUGGAACAGGCGUCCAUCUGAAGGGAUGGGUGAUGGCUCUGGCCAUCGUUCAGAUGAACACGUGGUUCUGGAGUGCUGUAUUCCAUACACGGGACACCCCGUUUACCGAAAAGAUGGACUACUUUUCGGCCACGGCGACCAUCAUGUGCACUCUCCUCUACACAUUGGUUCGCACCUUCCAUCUCUUUCCGCAACAACCCGACCGACCUCGCGGAGCACCUAGCCUAUACCCCUUGAUCAUCGUCUUCCUCAUCGCCUACUUCUCGCACGUCUCCUACUUGUUGUCGGGCCCACGAUUCGACUAUGGCUGGAACGUACUCUUCAACCUGAUCAUGGGAGCGACCCAUCUGAUUCUGUGGUCACUCUUCUCGUUGUCCUUUUCCAUCCGACUGCCCUGGCCUUUGUCCCGCAUCCCGACCCCAUACCCCCCACUCGACCCGCUCACCAUCACGCCUAAACCUCCAUGGAGCGGUCGGAGUGCUGUGCUGGUCAUGGCGACUACGGCGGCCAUGUCACUCGAACUGUUCGAUUUCCCUCCAUUUCACCGAAUCAUCGAUGCCCACUCCUUAUGGCACUUGGCAACCAUCCUGAUUGCCAGGGGUUGGUACGGGUUUUUGAUACGGGAUGUGGCCAUGCUCGAGGCCGUGAGAACGGGGAUGAGCGGUACCAAGGCGACCGAGGCUGUCGUUUUCCAGUCGUCCAACAAGUAG